AGCAGCCGGGAGAGACACCACAGCAAACAGCUUUCACUUCAGACUCGGCACAGUCUGCAGAGGGGAUGUGAACCAUUACUGGGCAUGGCUGCUAUGGCCCAGGUGCAGCUCAGCACCUGGCUGAUCCUGUGCAUCUUUGCUGGAUCCCAGAGGCUAACAGAUGAACAUCCUUACAGCAGGGACGAUGUCAGCACCAACGCACCCCACCGCGGCCCAGAGGACGCCGACGUCAUGUUAGAGAUGCUCUGGGGCAGGCUGGACAUUCAGGCCAACGGGACAAUCCAGCUGCGGGACGAAGAGCUGGCCUCCCUGCGCACAGCACGGUGGUUCAUGCAGAUCUUAGAGCGUGAAGUUCCCAAAACACCGAUGGAGAUUGAGCAGCAACUGAGAUAUUACUCACAGACUGAUAGCUCUUUGCCUCUAACAGAGUUUGACCGCCUGCUUUUCACCAGUGUUUACUGCGCCUAUCAGAUCCGCUCAGUUCAGGGUCUGGAUAAAAAUCUCUGGAUCCAUUUUUUCUCUCAGUUAGCUGAUGAAAUCUUUCGUGAUCUGUGCAAGGGGCUCUGCCCUGCAAAUUCCACCCUCCUCCUGGCUUCCUGGCCCUCGAAGGAAAAGCCUUCACAUUUAGCAUCUCUGAAACAUUUUUAUCACUCUAACCUGGCCAGGACCAAGAGAGACACUUAAUAAGGGAAACAACCAUGGGAAGGUGUGCAUCUGACCUCAGCUGCAAUCUGGGCUGUUUCAAAUGCUGGCAAUCCUUCCACAUUAUUCUGGACUUUGCAGAAAUAUGCCACAUCUCUCUCUCAUCCAGCUCUCUGUAUUUAUACACAACAUUUUAUUUUUAGAUAGAACAGGACAUAUCUCAAAAUUGCAUCUCACACUUUCCUUUUUUUUUCCUUUUUUUUUUUUUUUUUUUUUUUAAGGGGGUUGGGCUGAUGUAGGCAGUGCUAUUUAGAAGUGUUAUCUAUCUUGAUCACUGAUGCUUUCUAGGGAGUUGUCCUGGCAGGUUUUUUCCAGGAUGUUACACUGGUGUCUUAGCAGAAUUUAUCUUGAAUAAUUCAGCUUGGCGUCCUCUAUUCCUUCUGUGGUUUCAGCCAAAUGCAGUCUUUUUUCUCCUCUCCAGUAAUCAGCUAAGCAGAUGCUGCUGUGUUUCACAAUACAGGUAGUGCAUUUAAUUUCAGCUUCCUGGUUAUGCAAUUCGCAUUUUAUGUGCCCAAAGUAAUUUUCCACAUAAUGUGUUCAUUUUUUUUUAAAAGAUCAACCAAAACUGUAUGUAUUCUACAAAGCUUCCCUGUAUUUGUAUAUUAUAUUUACAUAUGUAUACUGCUUUGUGUCAGCCAGCAGUUUGGAAUAUACUUUUUAUAUCUCAUUUAAAUUCCCAAGUAUAGUGACCUAGUUAUUUCUACAGCAGAUUUUAUCUCUUCUGAAGUUCUUUUCCGUACUGCUAUGGCACUUUACAAGACAAACAUAACAAACACACAAUCUUUAUACUCAAAAUCAGAAACGUAAUUAUUUUAUAGAAUGAGAUUCUUAACUUUA